UCCGGGUCCGGGCCGGGGCAGCGGGGGCGGCCGGUCCUGUUGCCCGUGGGAGCGCCGCGGGCCCGCGGAGCAUGGGGGACUGCGAGAAGGCCGCGGAGGGCACCGAGGGCACCGAGGGCACGAAGCCCGGGGGUCUGCGCUGGCUGCUGGCGCUCAACUUUCGCCGGGAGCUGCGGGGCCUCUUGGGGCUGGCCGGCCCGGCGUUCCUGUCCCAGCUGAUGAUAUUCCUGAUCAGUUUCAUAAGUUCUGUGUUUUGUGGCCAUUUGGGCAAGCUGGAACUGGAUGCCGUUUCCCUCGCCAUCGCUGUUAUAAAUGUCAUCGGAAUAUCAGUUGGGUUUGGCUUAUCCUCAGGCUGUGACACCCUAAUCUCCCAGGCAUUCGGCAGCAGAAACCUGAAGCUUGUGGGGGUCGUCCUGCAGAGGGGAAUCCUGAUCCUGCUGCUCUGCUGCUUCCCCUGCUGGGCCUUGCUCAUCAACACCGAGAGCAUCCUGCUGCUCCUCCGGCAGGACCCGGAACUGGCCAGGCUUACCCAGAUCUAUGUCAUGACCUUCAUCCCUGCUCUUCCUGCCACAUUCCUCUAUGUAUUACAGGUUAAAUAUUUGCAGAACCAGAGAAUUGUUCUGCCUCAGAUUGUCAUCGGAGUCGUAGCCAACAUCCUAAAUGCCCUGAUCAACUACAUCUUCCUCUACCAGCUGAGGCUGGGGGUGCUGGGAUCGGCUCUGGCGAAUUCCAUUUCCCAGUUCAUCCUGGCUCUCCUCCUCUUCCUCUACAUCCUCUGGAGGAAGCUACACCGGGCAACAUGGGGAGGGUGGACCCGGGAGUGCCUGCAGGAUUGGGACUCUUUUCUCCGCCUGGCCAUCCCCAGCAUGUUCAUGCUCUGCAUCGAGUGGUGGGCCUACGAGAUCGGGAGCUUCCUCAGUGGCACCAUCGGUAUGGUGGAGUUGGGAGCCCAGAGUGUUGUAUAUGAAUUGGCCACCAUUGUGUACAUGAUCCCUGCGGGGUUCAGCGUGGCCGUCAGCGUCCGAGUGGGCAACGCGCUGGGAGCUGGGGAGAUGGAGCAGGCAAAGAGGUCAUCUGCUGUUGCUUUGCUGACCACAGAGCUGUGUGCUGUAGCCAUGUGCAUUGUUCUUGCAAGUUCUAAGGAUGUGAUUGGGUACAUUUUCACCAGUGACAGUGAAAUUAUUGCUCUGGUUGCUCAGGUUGUUCCAAUUUAUGCUUCUUCCCACCUGUUUGAUGGCAUUUCUUGCACAUCUGGUGGGAUUUUAAGAGGAACAGGAAAUCAGAAGAUUGGGGCCAUCUUCAAUGCCAUUGGAUUUUAUGUUAUCGGUCUCCCCAUUGGGAUAUCAUUGAUGUUCGUGACCAAACUUGGAGUGACAGGUCUGUGGUUGGGAAUACUGAUCUGUUGUGUUCUGCAAGCAGCUUGCUUUCUGGGCUUUGUUAUCCGGCUGAAUUGGAAAAAGGCUUGUGAAGAGGCUCAAGUACGCACCAACUUAAAACUAAAAAUGAUUGGGGAUUGGAAGCACGAUCAUGCUGUCUAUCAGAGCCCAGCUGCUUCAGUGGUCUCUGAAAACGAUGGAGAUAUUCUGCUGAGAGAUGUUGUGAAGUGUGAUGAGAGCCAGCAGGGAGAGCCUCUUUCAAUGCCCUGUGCAGAGGAUGUGAAAACUUUAUCUCUGAAGGAGUUAGUCCUUCGGCGGGGAUUGGUGUUCAUAGCAGUGAUUUUAAUCCUUUUAAUGGGCAUUUUAGUGAGACUAUAUGCCCGGUGAAGUAGCAACCGAUAGCCGAAAUGCAUUCCCAAAUGUAUUAAUGGUUUGAGAACAAAUCCAGGGUAGAAACAAAGGUUAUAAUUUUCCUGAUAAUCUGGGAAAGCUGUGCUUGAGGAUUUGUUUUCAAGAAUUCAACAGGUCAAACCCAGAGGAGACUUCAGUAUUAAAUCUAUUUUAAGAGUGUUAUUGAGUCAUUUAUCAAUGAUUCAGUCAAGAAACACAGGUACUGUAAAUACAUAUAUUCACAUAGGACAACUCUAUGUAUUUUAUAUCCACUUUUCUGAUAAACUCUGUUGCCUUCUUAAAAUGACUAUGCUAUGGUAUUUUAAGUGUGUAAUUUCAAAAAGUCCAAUACUUCAGAAAAUAGCCCAUCUUGCAAGAAUUUUUUU